UUAUGCCUGCCCAUUGUGCCCAUCACUACUGCAGACUUCAGAGCAACAUGUCUAUGUCCCACUUGUAUGGGAAGGAGGAAGAUGGUAUAGAAAUUGAGCCGUUUGAAAUCACAGAUUGGGAUCUGGAGAAUGAGUUUAAUCCAGAUCGCCGACGAUACCGACAGUCUAAGGAAGACAACACUUACGGAAUAUGGGCUCAGCAUGAUGACUCGGACGACGAGAGACCAAGUUUUGGUGGGAAAAAGUCAAAAGAUUAUACAGCUCCAGUAAGUUUUAUCAGUGUAGGGUUAAAAACAACAACCGAUGAACAGCGUGAGAAGGAUUCUGAUUCUGAUGAUGACAUAAAAUGGGAAGAUAUUCCUCAGGAGAUUGCACCAAAGAAAUUGAAAACUGGUGGCAGCUUCAAACCUGUGCAGAAGGGCCAUACAGGAGGAGUACGAGUAGCUGGGCAGGAUUUUGCCAGCUGGGAAAGACACACUAAAGGAAUUGGACAAAAACUUCUUCAGAAAAUGGGUUACAUUCCUGGGAGAGGUCUUGGCAAAAAUGCUCAAGGUAUUGUGACUCCAAUUGAAGCAAAACAGAGGAAGGGAAAAGGGGCAGUUGGUGCUUAUGGAGCAGAACGAACAGCACAGUCACUGCAGGAUUUUCCCGUUGUGGAUUCUGAUGAAGAGGCAGAGAGGGAAUUCCGGAAAGAACUGCAACAGUGGAAGAAGGACCCUGCAGGAACAAAGAAAAAACCCAAAUACCUGUAUAAAACAGUGGAAGAACUGAAAGCAAAAGGCAGAAUUGAUCGGAAACUGGCAGCACCUCAGACUGAACUCUCCCAGGUUAAGGUUAUAGAUAUGACUGGUCGAGAACAGAGAGUGUACUACAGUUACAGCCAGAUGACCAACAAACAUGACAUACCAGAUGAUAACGCUGUGCAGAGCGAGAAGGACAAGGCUCCAACCUUUAGUUUGCCAGAACUAGAACAUAACCUGAAGCUUCUGGUUGACAUGACAGAGCAGGAAAUUAUCCAGAAUGACAGACAGCUGCAGUAUGAGAAGGACAUGGUUAUUAACCUCACCCAUGAAUGUGAGAAGCUGUCUCAGGUGCUUGAUCAGGAAGAACAGACCAUUGAUAAGCUGGGUCAAGUCCUGGAGAUUAUUGAGGAGUGUGAGAAGCGUCUGCAGCCUGAAAGUGAGAAUCCUCUGACUCUGGAUGAUUGUGUUGAGAUUUUUGAGACCUUACAAGAGAAAUAUUAUGAGGAAUACAAAACCUUCGACCUUCCUGAGCUUGCUGUUGCUGUUGUGUACCCACUUCUGAGAGAGCAUUUAAAAAACUGGCAACCCCUUAAGGAACCAGUGUAUGCCAUUGAUGUUUUCGUCAAGUGGAAGAAUAUUUUGGACAAUGACAUGCUGCCCAAUGCUGGAGAAGAUAUGUCCUCUAUGGAUCCUUACCACAGGAUGAUGUGGGAAGUGUGGCUUCCAAUUGUAAGAGAAAUAGUUAAUGAUUGGCAGCCACGGAACUGUAGUCCAAUGGUAGAUUUUCUGGAUGCCUGGGUGACUCUUAUCCCAGGGUGGAUACUAGAAAAUGUUAUGGAUCAGCUUAUUUUCCCAAAGCUACAGACUGAGGUGGAAAGCUGGAAUCCACUGACUGACACAGUCCCAAUUCACUCUUGGAUCCAUCCAUGGCUUCCUUUGAUGCAGUCACGACUGGAGCCGUUGUACUCUCCCAUACGAAAUAAGUUGUCCAAUGCACUGCAGAAGUGGCAUCCCAGUGAUUCAUCGGCAAAGCUAAUUCUUCAACCGUGGAAAGCAGUAUUUACCCCAGGGUCAUGGGAGGCUUUCAUGGUUAAAAACAUUGUUCCUAAAUUAGUGAUGUGUUUGUCAGAAUUUGUCAUCAACCCUCACCAGCAACAUAUGGAUGCCUUUUACUGGGUAAUGGACUGGGAUGGCAUGAUUUCUCUUUCCAGCCUUCUUAGUCUUCUAGAGAAAAAUUUCUUCCCAAAGUGGCUACAAGUGUUAUGUUCAUGGCUUAGUAACGAUCCUAACUAUGAAGAAAUUACGAAGUGGUAUCUUGGUUGGAAGUCCAUGUUCUCUGAUCAGAUACUUGCACAGCCUUCUAUCAAAGAAAAAUUUAAUGAAGCUCUUGAUAUCAUGAACAGGGCUGUUGCCAGUGUUGGUGCAUAUGCACAACCUGGUGCACGUGAAAACAUUGCGUACCUCACACAUACUGAAAGGCGGAAGGACUUCCAGUAUGAGGCAAUGCAAGAGCGCAGGGAAGCGGAGAGUGUAGCUCAACGUGGAAUUGGAGUAUCUUCUGUCUCUGUACCCAUGAACUUCAAAGAUUUAAUCCAAACAAAAGCAGAAGAGCACAAUAUUGUAUUCAUGCCUCUUAUGGGCAAACGGCAUGAAGGAAAACAGCUAUAUACAUUUGGACGCAUUGUUAUUUAUAUAGAUAGAGGAGUUGUGUUUGUUCAGGGAGAAAAAACAUGGGUGCCAACCUCCCUCCAGAGUUUAAUUGAUAUGGCAAAAUAAUGGUGCUGUUUAUAUUGUAUAUGUUGUGUAAUUGUACCAGUGCUGUGUUUUUCUGUAAAAUGAUUAAAUAAAUCUGAAUUAGAUUUUUAUUUGAAAAAAAAAAAACUGUACAGAAAGCAUUUCAUUUUUAAAGAGAUGCUUUACUCGCAGUCAGAAGAGCUAUAUAGCUGUAUCUUUUUAUCUUGAAUCAGUAAAUAUCUUUCUUUAUAAGUAAAA